CCUUAACAUAUAUGAACUACGAUCAGUUUUUAUUCUCUCUGGUAUUUCCUAAGCCCAAACCCUUCUGUGCAUUGAUUAUUUGGUCCUGCUUUCUCAUCCCCGAGGACCCCGAUGACAGGACCUUCGGAAGUUCGGCUCCCGUCUACUUUGUCUUCUCCUCCUUCCCUACCCUUCGGCUGACGUCUGCGUUGAAGGCUGGGUUUAUAUUCAGUCUGUUGUUUGACGUUUGCUUAUUGUAUUGAUUUGCUGAUUUCAAGUCGCCGUUUGCCUGCUCCACUCUCUUUCCGUUCCGCUUUGAUUUGUAGAUUUGUUUAUGCCCCUUGUGCUGUUUGUACCUUUGUUUGGAUGCUGAUGUUGGAUUAACUUGUGCAUUAUUGCAUUCUCCCGAGGUAAUUUUUUCUUAAAGAUGGUGCAACAAGGAGCAUUAUGUGCUUCUUAUUUGGACCUCCCCUUGCUUCAAGUGAAACCAAUGUAACUUCCAAAAUGAAGUGGAACAGCAUGAAGCCAAGUUCAGCUGUUUGGGACCAUUUUUCAAACUUCCAACAGGCUUUUACCAUUUCAAGGUUGCAGCACUGCAAUAGAUAAUAUAUUCUCUGGUUUCUAGAUCUUGGGUUAUUGUGCGACUUUCUUCAAACUCUUCCCAAUCCAUUUUUGAGAGAACAUUAUAUUCAUGCCUAAAAAAGUCAAUAUUUUCUGUGGAAAAUUCCCACAUGUAAUCAUUUUCCAGAGAAACAAACAAACCCUUAGGUUUUUCAGCUCAUCAUGCAGAACUAGCUCCAUCCUUGUAGAACUUGUAGCAAAGCAACAUUGGUCAAAGCUCAAAACCCAUCUCCAAAACACAAAACCCAAUGCACUCCUCCACCAACUGCUUACUUCAGAAGCUGACCCAGAGCUCACUCUCAGGUACUUAACAUGGUCCCAGAAGGAGUUUAAACUGUCACACUCUCUAGAGCUCACUUUUAGAACGUUGUACUCACUUGCUUGUGCCAGAAAGUACUCAAAGAUCAGGUCUUUUUUGGAUAAUUUUGUUAAGAAUGAGAAGAACUAUCCAGUUUCUUCUAUUUUUCAUGCAAUUUCAGUGGGUGGGGAUUCAUUUUGUGCUAAUUCAAUAAUAGUAGAUAUGCUGGUAUUGGCAUAUGUGAAAAGUUUGAAAACGCAUUUGGGAUAUGAAGCGUUUAGGAGGGCUGGUGAUUAUGGGUUUAAGUUGUCAGUUAUAUCAUGUAAUCCGCUGUUGCAUGCUUUGGUUAAGGAGCGCAAAAUUGGCAAUAUGGAAUUUGUGUAUAAGGAGAUGAUAAAAAGAAGGAUUGGACCUAAUUUAAUUAGUUUUAAUGUUGUGGUUAAUGGGUUGUGUAAAGCAGGGAAAUUGAAUAAAGCUAGUGAUGUUAUUGAGGAUAUGAAAGUGUGGGGAGUGUCUCCAAAUGUAAUAACUUAUAAUACUCUCGUUGAUGGGUAUUGCAAGAUGGGUAAGAUUGGGAAGAUGUACAAAGCUGAUGCUGUGUUGAAGGAUAUGGUGGCAAAGGGGAUUUGCCCAAAUGAGGUCACUUUCAAUAUUUUGAUUGAUGGAUUCUGCAAGGAUGGGAAUGUGUCAGCUGCAAUGAAGGUGUUAGCAGAAAUGCAAAGUCAAGGUUUGAACCCGAAUGUGGUUACAUACAAUUCUUUGAUUAAUGGCUUAUGUAGUGAUGGGAAGGUUGAUGAGGCUACUGUUUUGCGGGAUCAAAUGAUUGGUUCAGGUUUGAAGCCAAAUGUCAUUACUCAUAAUGCACUUAUUAAUGGGCUUUGCAAGAAUAAGAUGGUGAAUGAAGCAAGUGACUCAUUUAAUGAUAUGCCAAAACAAGGAAUAGCUCAUAAUGUUACAACCUACAACAUAUUGAUUGAUGGGUACUGUAAGGCUGGGAGGAUAGAGGAUGCAUUUGAACUACGUAAUGCCAUGUUGGGCAGAGGGAUUUGCCCUAACGUUUCCACAUACAACUGCUUAAUUGCUGGUUUAUGCAGAAAGGGAGAUAUGGAAGCAGCCUGGCAUCUUAUGGAUGAAAUGGUUGGUAAGGAUUUGAGAGCUGAUGUUGUUACCUAUAACAUACUGAUUGAUUUAUUAUGCAAUAAAGGGGAAUCAAGAAGGGCAAUGAAACUCUUCGAUGAGAUGUCCAGAAAAGCAUUAAACCCAAGUCAUGUGACAUAUAAUUCCUUGAUGGAUGGCUAUUGUAAAGAAGGAAAUCUCAGAGCAGCGUUAAAUGUGAGGACACGAAUGGAGAAAGGAGGGAGACGAGCAAAUGUUGUCACGUAUAAUGUGCUGAUAAAGGGUUUCUGUAAGAAAGGUAAGCUUGAAGAUGCAAAUAAGCUUCUUAAUGAGAUGUUGGAGAAGGGUUUGGUUCCUAAUCGAACAACCUAUGAGAUCGUUAGAGAGGAAAUGAUGGAUAAAGGAUUUGUUCCUGACAUAGAAGGGCAUCUAUAUAAUGUUUAGCAAGCUCAAACUUUGUUAAAAGGGUAGGUUAGAUGAUGACCAUCAUUUCAUCAUGUGAAGGCAUGACGGAACUAAAUGAUCUUGAGUGGGCCUUCCUGUGAAAUUCUAUCCGACAGCUUAACUCAUCUAGGUGAAGGUGAUGGACAUGAAUCAUCUUUGAUCCUGCUAUAAAAUGGUUUCUCUUACAAGCAGUUCGUCAACCUUAACAGAUGUAGGUGAAUAUAUGUAAUGUUUGGUUGAACUUUCCUUUCGGAUAUAUUGCUAAUUUGCCCCUGAUUUUGGCUUAAUGUACCCAUUGAUUUUGUUUAAAAUUAAGAUACUUUUUAUCCUUGUAC